AGCACUUGUUUCCAAUCCUGUUUCCGAAAUAUUGGCUUUUCAACCUCACCAUAAAUCCAAUGUUGUGCCGGUAUUUACUCUUGUUAUUUAAUUAAUUAUUGUGUAAUUUCGGUUCUGUUUUGACGGAAAAAAAUAAAUUAUGGCUGAAAGUGAUAAAGUAGAGGAACUAACGGAAGCUUUGAUCGACGAUUUGGAUGAAUUUUCACUAUCCAAGAAAAAGAAAAAGCCUAAAAAGAAGGCCUUCAAUAUAGAUGAAUAUGAAAAGACUUUCAACCAACCAGCUACUUCGGGUGACGCUGAUGGAGCUGCUGAAGACAUCGGUGAUAAAGAAGAAGUCACUGGUACUCAAGAAACACAGGAUGAUGAUGAUGAUUUUGAAUUAAAUCUACCCAAGACAAAACCUAAAAAAAUUAAGUUUAAGGAUGAAGAUUUGAUUAAUGAUGGUGAACCAGCAGAUAAGGAUGAUGGUGUUGUUUACCUGGAAGAAAGCACGAAUCGAGAUGCCAGCUUUUUUUCAUCAUCUGUGGAUUCAACCUGGGCAAAUACUGAUCGUGACUAUUUAUAUGAAGAACUCUUAGCCAGAGCUUUCUGUAUAAUUAAAGAAAAGAAUCCUGAUAUAAUUUCAGGAGAAAAGAAAAGACUUGUCAUGAGGCCUCCACAAAUUUUAAGAGUAGGAACGAAAAAGACAUCAUUUGCCAAUUUCCUCGAUAUUUGUAAAUCAUUACAUCGUCUACCUAAGCAUCUUCAAGCCUUUCUGCUGGCUGAAUUAGGAACUAGUGGAUCUGUCGAUGCUAAUAACCAACUUAUUAUUAAAGGUCGUUUUCAACAGAAACAAAUUGAAAACGUCCUUAGAAGAUAUAUAAAGGAGUAUGUAGCAUGUCAAACAUGCAGAUCACCAGAGACAGUGCUUCAAAAAGAUACCCGAUUAUUUUUCCUUCAAUGCGAAACCUGUGGAAGUAGACGUUCAGUUACCUCAAUUAAAAGUGGUUUUCAAGCUGUCACAGGGAAAAGAGCUGCUAUACGAGCAAAAACAGCUUAAACUCAAUGCUAUCAUCUUGUUUUUACUACAAUAUUUAUCGAUAAUUAUCAUGAACAGGUGCACACCAUUUAUUGAGCAUUAUGAAUUAUAUCGAAAUCUAUUCAUUCAAUUUUCUCGAUUUGUAUUUCUUGGUUGUUUAGAUAUUUCUUUCAUACAGAACUUUAAGUGGUGUAAUCAUCUUCCUGAUUACUAUCAAUAUUAAAAGUGGAAUUCAAUGGUCAA